AUGGGGGAGGGUUUCUGGACCUUAUUCUGCAGUAAUGAAUGCUGUUCUGGCUUUUCAGCCAUUAUCAAUCCAGAUUCAUGUGUCAACAAUAUUUUGGUCAUUGCAGCUGAUAUCUUGCUCCUAUUAAUUUUGUUAUGUAUCUUCAGAAGAUCAUCAACAAAUAUCAUUGCACAAUCACAGUCUCACACCUUUUCAACACUCUCAGUCAUCUCGGUUACUAGUAACAUUGGUCUGGCUUUGGUCUACUUGGGGUUUGGGAUAUGGACAAUCAUUGAGAAAGUAAAUGCAGAUCAGACUGUUUUACCUCCACAUGGAUGGCUAGUAUUAUUUUUUCAAGGGUUCACAUGGUUGCUUCUGGGUUUAACCAUAAGCCUAAAGAAGCCACAACCUCAAUAUAUCGCAAGAACAAAAUCUUGUUCAAUUCUUGCAUUCUUGAUUGCCAUUUUUCUUUGCACUUCAUCAAUUUGGGAAGCUAUUGUAGACGAGGCAGUAUCUGUCAAGAUUAUUUUAAACAUUUGUUAUUUCCCUGGAUCCAUCCUUUUGCUCUUUAGUGCAUUUCAGGGAAACAAUUAUGCAAAAGGUGAUCCAGAAACCCAUGAAGAUGCUUUCUACACAGCUUUGCAAGGCCCAGCAUCUGAUAUGGAAGAUGAAAUCAGCUUAAAUGAUAAUGUAACUCCUUUUCAAAAAGCAGGGUUAUUUAGCACAAUGUCAUUUUGGUGGUUGAAUCCAUUAAUGAAGAAAGGUAAGCAAAAGAUUCUUGAGAAUGAAGAUAUUCCACUUUUGAGACAGGCUGAUCGAGCUCGAACAUGGUACUUAAUAUUUAUGGAGCAAUUGAACAAAAGGAAGGAAGAAGGUUCAUCUGCCACCUCUUCUAUCUUGUCCAUAAUAUUUUAUUGCCAGAGGAGAGCAAUUCUUAUUUCUGGGUUAUACGCACUGAUCAAGAUUCUCACAACUACAAGCAGUCCACUGUUUCUCAUGGCCUUCAUUAAGAUUGCUGAAGGCAAUGAAGCUUUUAAAUAUGAGGGUUAUGCACUGACUCUUGGUCUCUUCCUCGCGAAAAUCUUGGAGUCACUAUCAGAGAGGCAAUGGUACUUCAAAACUAGACUGAUCGGGCUCCAAGUGAGAUCGUUUGUGUCAGCAGCAAUAUAUCAGAAGCAACUGCGACUCUCGAAUUCUGCCAAGAUGGCUCAUUCUCCUGGUGAGAUAGUGAAUUAUGUAACUGUGGAUGCUUACAGAAUUGGUGAAUUUCCAUACUGGUUUCAUCAGAUGUGGACCACAAGCCUUCAACUAUGCCUUUCAUUACUUAUUGUUUACUUCUCCGUGGGGCUGGCAACUAUUGCAGCUCUAACUGUACUCUUAUUGACUGUGCUGGCAAGCUCCCCACUGGCCAAGUUGCAGCAUGAAUACCAGACCAAGUUCAUGGAAGCACAAGAUAGGAGGCUGAAGGCAAUUACAGAAGCACUUUCAAAUAUGAAGAUCUUGAAGCUGUAUUCUUGGGAGACAAAUUUCAAAAAUGUCAUAGAAGAAUUAAGAACAGAAGAAAUUAAAUGGAUAUGUCAAGUAUUGACUCAAAAGGGUUAUUAUAUUGUUAUGUUCUGGUCAUCUCCUAUUCUUGCAGCAGCUGUUACUUUUUGGACAUGCUACUUCCUUGGAUUUACACUGUCUGCUAGUAAUGUUUUCCCAUUUUUAGCAACUUUGCGUAUUGUUCAGGAGCCAAUCAGGCUGAUCCCAGAUGUUUUUGGAGCAUAUGUUGAAGCAAAGGUUUCACUAUCUCGAAUUGUGAAGUUUCUUGAUGCACCAGAGUUGGAAAAUAGACAUACAAGGAAAGAGAGCUGUGGCAAAGAGGUUGAGCAUUCCAUUUUCUUUAGCUCAUCCGAAAUUUCAUGGGAUACUAAUGCUACAAAGGCCACACUAAGGAACAUUAAUUUGGUGGUUAAACCAGGAGAAAAAGUAGCAAUUUGUGGUGAGGUUGGCUCGGGUAAAUCAACCCUUUUAGCUGCAAUUCUUGGAGAAGUUCCACGCAUCAAUGGCAUUGUUCAAGUAUUUGGGAAGAUAGCAUAUGUUUCUCAGUCUGCAUGGAUCCAGACAGGAACUAUACGGGAAAAUAUUAUGUUUGGUUCUGCCAUGGAUCGUGCUAGAUACCAAGAAACACUGGAGAAGUGCUCUUUAGUGAAGGACCUUGAAAUUCUUCCAUUCCACGAUCUCACUCAGAUAGGGGAAAGAGGUGUCAAUCUAAGUGGUGGUCAGAAGCAGCGCAUUCAACUUGCGCGUGCACUUUAUCAAAAUGCUGAUGUCUACCUCUUGGAUGACCCAUUCAGUGCAGUGGAUGCCCAUACGGCAACCAGCCUAUUCAAUGAAUAUGUCAUGGGAGCACUUGCAGAGAAGACAGUAUUGCUUGUGACACACCAAGUUGAUUUCCUUCCUGCUUUAAAUUCAAUUUUGUUGAUGCAUUCAGGGAAAAUUCUAAGAGCAGCUCCUUACGAAGAGUUGCUGGCUUCUUGUCAAGAGUUCCAAAACCUUGUCAAUGCACAUGAUGACACCGCAUAUUCCGAGAGGCAAGUUGACUAUGCUUCUAUUGGAAGACAUAAAUCAUCCAACAAGGAGAUUGAGAAAGUAAACACUGAAGUACAGCUAAAAGAGUCUUCCAGAGAUCAAUUGAUUAAGCUAGAAGUGAGAGAAACAGGAAACACUGGUUUCAAGCCAUACAUUCAGUACUUGAAGCACAGGAAAGGGUUUUGGCACUUCUCUUUUUUAGAUUAUAGCUUAUCCAGAGUCAAACUCUUGGUUGUUUAUUCUGUGAUCAUGUGUAUCAUGGUAUUUGCUUUGCUCAUGCGAUCCUUUUCUGUAGUUGAUUUAGGAUGUGGGGCAUCCACAUCCAUUUUUUCUACACUACUAAACUCUCUUUUCCGAGCACCAAUGCUGUUUUAUGACUCAACACCCGUGGGAAGGAUACUUAGUCGGGUAUCUUCUGAUAUGAAUAUCAUUGACCUUGAAGUAGCUUUCAAGUUGAUGACAGCUGUUGCGGGAACUCUGAACACAUACAGCAUAUUUAUAGCAUUGGUUUUUCAAACUUGGCCAAUGGUGUUUCUGAUUAUACCCACAAUUUAUAUUACUGUACUUCUUCAGAAAUACUACUUUGCUUCUGCAAAAGAGUUGAUGCGAAUGAAUGGCACAACUAUGUCCGCACUAGCAAGCCACCUUUCCGAAUCUAUUGCUGGAGCCAUGACAAUCAGAGCUUUCGGAGAGGAGGAUCAGUUCUUCUCAAAAUACUUAGACUCUAUUGAUAUAAAUGCUAGUGCUGACUUCAAUAGAUUUUCAGCCAGUGAGUGGUUGAUAGAACGUCUUGAAUGGCUAUGUGCUAUUGUUCUCUCAGCCUCAGCACUUGCCAUCACUUUGAUUCAGUUUGACACUUCUUCCUCUGGUUUUAUUGGGAUGACACUGUCAUAUGGUCUCUCAUUAAAUGUAUUUCUAGUAAUUUCUGUCCAAUUUCAAUGCAUGCUAGAAAAUUCAAUGAUUUCUGUCGAAAGAGUAGAGCAAUACAUGCACAUUUCCCAUGAGGCUCCAGAAGUAAUAGAAGAAAACAGACCUGCCGACAAUUGGCCUACUGCUGGUAAAAUGGAAAUACAUGAUUUAAAGGUAAGAUAUAGGCCAAAUGCCCCACUAGUUCUUCGUGGGAUAAAUUGCAUAAUUGAAGGAGGGUACAAAAUUGGGAUUGUUGGCCGGACUGGAAGUGGAAAGACAACUCUUAUCAGCGUUUUGUUUCGUCUGGUAGAGCCUACAGAGGGAAGGAUUAUAGUAGAUGACUAUGACAUUUGUAAAAUUGGACUUCAUGAUUUAAGAUCACGUUUUGGGAUCAUCCCACAAGAUCCAACACUAUUCAAUGGGUCUGUCAGAUUCAAUCUAGACCCCUUAUCAGAGCAUACUGAUCAUGAAAUAUGGGAGGUUCUUGAAAAAUGUCAGUUACGAGAGGCCAUUCAAGAAAAAGAAGGCGGCCUGGAUUCUUUAGUUGUACAAGAUGGAACAAACUGGAGCAUGGGACAGCGACAACUAUUUUGUUUGGGACGCGCUUUGUUGAAGAGGAGCCGGAUACUAGUGCUCGAUGAAGCCACUGCAUCAAUGGACAAUGCAACAGAUUCUGUUCUUCAGAAAACUAUAAGAACAGAAUUUGCAGACUGCACUGUGAUAACGGUGGCUCAUAGAAUACCAACUGUUAUGGACUGCACUAAGGUGCUUGCUAUUAGUGAUGGGAAACUGGUAGAGUAUGAUGAGCCAAUGAAGCUGAUUAAUAACAAGGGUUCGCUAUUUUGGCAGCUUGUCAAGGAAUACUGGUCUCGAGCUGCCAAUGCCGGUAUCUCCUCAGAAGGUUGA